AUGGCGGAGGCAGCGCCCGGGAGCAUCGUGAAGGAGGGCUGGCUGCUGAAGCGUGGUGAACAUAUUCGCAACUGGCGUGAUCGCUACUUCAUACUGUUCGACAACGGCGACCUAAUGGGCUUUAAGGCGCAACCUGAGCGCAACAACUACCGCGACCCGCUGAAUAAGUUCACGGUGCGGGACUGUCAGAUCAUGGCCGUGGACAAACCGCGCCCCAACGUCUUCACCGUUCGCGGCCUGCAGUGGACGACUGUCAUAGAGCGGAACUUUGCUGUCGACUCCGAGAAGGAGCGCGAAGAGUGGGUGGCCGCCAUCCGCUACGUGUCGUCCAGGCUGAGCGGCGCGAGCGGUGCUUCGGGCGAGCAGCCGGCGGGCUCCGACGCCGAUGACCACGACAUAGCCCAGCUCGGUACCAGCUUCCGAGACCCGCGCCGCAUCACCCUCGAGAAGUUCGAGUUCGUCAAGGUGCUCGGAAAGGGCACCUUCGGCAAGGUGGUGCUGAGUCGCGAGAAGGGCACCGGCAAGCUGUACGCCAUGAAGAUCCUCAAGAAGCACCUCAUCCUGCAGAAAGACGAGCUGGCGCACACCAUCACAGAGAACCACGUGCUGAAGAAGACGAAGCAUCCGUUCCUGACGGCGCUGCGCUACUCGUUCCAGACGGCGGACCGCGUUUGCUUCGUCAUGGAGUACGCUAACGGCGGCGAGCUCUUCUUCCACCUCUCGCACGAGCGCUGCUUCAGCGAGGAGCGCACGCGCUUCUACGGCGCCGAGAUCGUGUCGGCGCUGGGCUACCUGCACUCGGAGGGCAUCAUCUACCGGGAUCUGAAGCUCGAGAACCUGCUGCUCGACAAGGACGGCCACAUCAAGAUCGCCGACUUCGGGCUCUGCAAGGUGAACAUCACGCACGGCCGCACCACGAAGACCUUCUGCGGCACUCCCGAGUACCUGGCGCCCGAGGUGCUCGAGGACACCGACUACGGGCCCGCCGUGGACUGGUGGGGCACCGGCGUCGUGCUGUACGAGAUGGCCUGCGGCCGCCUGCCUUUCUACAAUCGCGACCACGAGGUGCUGUUCUCGCUCAUCCUCGAGGAGGAGGUGCGCUUUCCUCGCGCGCUGUCGCCCGCUUGCCGGGCGCUUCUAGCCGCGCUGCUCACCAAGGAGCCCGCCAGACGCCUCGGCGCCGGGCCCGGCGACGCGUUGGACAUCAUGCAGCACCCCUUCUUCGCCGCCAUCAACUGGGCCGACCUGCUCGCCAAAAAGCUGCCGCCGCCCUUCAAGCCGCAAGUGGACUCGGACACGGACACGCGUUACUUCGACUCGGAGUUCACGGGCGAGUCCGUGGAGCUGACGCCGCCCGAGGGCGAGGCGGCGCGGCCCCUGGAGUUCCCGCAGUUCUCCUACCAGGACCUGUGCUCGUCCGCGCACUCGGCGCUGUCGCAGCACUCUGCGCUGGCGGUGCCGCGCCGCUCGCCGCCGCAGGCCGCCCGCCCCUAG